AGAAAGAGAAAGAGGAAGAGUUGGUGUUUACUGCCAAAACUAAAGGAACAACAGCCACAGUAUUCAGCAGGAAAUGCCGAUCGUAAGCAGAACAACUGUUACAACAACUCGAACCACUGGUUUUCGAAGUUCAACAGUCCCUGUUUGGGUCAUUAAACUGCUCACUGUGGUCAUCGCACUGGUUGUAGUAUUACUUGUUUACUUACAAGAUAAAGGUGUUCGUGCGAGCUAUUGUACAACUUACAUUAUUAUCGCACUUACCUGUGGACUGUUACUUGGAUGGAGUAUUGGUUCCGUUCUACAACAAAUAUUCUUCAUCAGAACUGUCGAGAUAAUUGUGAACACAAUCUUGACAGUACUUGCAAUUUGUUCGCUAAUUGUCGCAGUGUCAUUCUUAUUGGAGCGAAAUGACUGGAGCCGUUAUGAAAGUUAUCGGUUGAUGGUCGGAACGGCUAUCUGCUUCCUAAUCCAAUCAGUUGUUUGCAUAAUGAUGCUGUCUUGGGCAUUUUAUGGAAAUCUCGUCAUUUUUGAAAGCCGCUAAAGCACAGUGGAAGAUGGGUACUAGAGGUGAGAUGAAUAUUCC